AUGUCGGCUGUCGGCGCUUCACAGCCUGUGCAGCCUGUGAAGCUCUCGCUGCCUCUGGUCUACCAGCAGAAGCUUUUUGAAGAGCUCCGAAAUGAGGAUGAGCUCGUCAUUCUGGCCCGAGGCCUUGGCCUCAUCCGCCUCAUCACCAACCUGCUCCACUCGUAUGAUGCCGCAGGGGGCAACCUGAUCGUCCUCGUGGGAGCCGAGGACAGGGAAAACGCCUGGAUCGGCGAGGCUCUCGCUGAACAUGCUGCCAUUAGCAUGUCGCCCUGUGCCCGCGGCCUGACCGUGGUCAACACCGAUUUCACCAGCGUAGCGGCCCGCGAGAAAAUGUACGCGACAGGGGGCAUCUUUAGCAUCACGUCUCGCAUCCUGGUAGUCGACAUGCUGACUGGCCUUCUGAACUCCGAGACCAUCACGGGCAUGGUCGUGCUUCAUGCCGACCGCGUUGCCGCCACGUCCCUGGAGGCUUUCAUUCUCAGGAUAUACCGCCAAAAGAACAAGGCUGGUUUCCUCAAGGCUUUCUCCGAUAAUCCGGACCCUUUCACCACCGGCUUCUCGCCGCUCGCUACCAUGAUGAGGAACCUGUUUCUUCGGAAAGCGUCCCUCUGGCCACGCUUCCAUGUGCAUGUCGCAGAAGCCCUGGAGGGGAAAAAGAAGGCAGAAGUGAUCGAGCUGGAAGUUCCCAUGACAGACGCCAUGCGCGACAUACAGAACGCCAUCAUGGAAUGCGUCGAAGUCAGUAUACACGAACUCAAGAAGGGCAACACCGGGCUGGAAAUGGACGAUUGGAACCUCGAUAGCGCAUUGCUCAAGAAUUUUGACCUCAUUGUCCGUCGCCAACUGGACCCAAACUGGCAUCGAGUCAGCUGGAAAACCAAGCAGAUUGUGAGCGACUUGACUGUUCUCAGAGGCAUGCUCCAGUCAGUUCUGGCACUUGACGCCGUCGCAUUUCUUCAACAGCUCGACACCAUCCAUGCUGCCCAUUCGCCGGCUCCGGGGUCCACGAGGCAGACGCAAUCCCCCUGGUUGUUCCUGGAUGCUGCGCAGACCAUUUUUGACACGGCGAAGAGACGUGUCUACUCCAGCAAUCAGAGACCCGGCCCAGACACCAAUAAUAUUGACGUACUGCGGCCAGUUCUGGAAGAACAACCGAAAUGGGCUGUCCUGGCCGAGGUGCUGGAAGAGAUCGACCGGGACCUCUACUUCGAGCCUGCCGCUCGAGAUGAUUCCAACGGCACCAUCUUGAUUAUGUGCUCAGAUACCAAUACGUGCCGCCAGCUGCGCGACUAUCUCCAGACAAUGCACGUCAAGCCGCGGAUCGAGAAAAAGGUGGAGGAGUUCCACGACCCGGACGAGGACAAGCCGUCAGCUGCUUUCAUGAUGAGGAGAAGGUUGCGCAACUACCUCAAGUGGAAGCGUGAGUUCGCCCAAGUGAAUGCCAAUCUGUUCUCGGAGAAUCAGAAGGCCAUCAGCGGCGCGGUCGAUCCGCGGCUCGGCAAGUCAAAGGGCAAAGCGCCGCCGAACAAACGACGCCGGGUUCGUGGCGGUGGACAGGUGGGCGCCGGGGCCGGCCGCCUUGAAAACGGAAGCAUCGCACAGUACUUCGAGAAUCCCGGCGAGGUUGCCGAGCUUAUGGCCGAAGUCCAAAUCACCGAAGAAGAGACAAGACAGAAGGAGGACAUUGUUGCAGAUCCCCUGGAAGAUAUGGACGACUACUACCAGCUGUACGAAAUGCAAGACCUAGUCGUUAUCCAUGCUUAUGAUGGGGAUCUCGACGAACACGUCCUAGAAGAGAUCAAACCCAAAUACAUCGUCAUGUAUGAGCCGGACGCUGCCUUCAUCCGGAGAGUCGAGGUCUACCGCUCUUCACACAAUGACAGGAACGUCAGGGUGUACUUUCUGUACUACGGUGGUUCAGUCGAAGAACAACGCUAUCUCUCGACGGUCCGGCGGGAGAAGGACGCUUUCACCAAACUCAUCAAGGAACGCGCCAGCAUGUCGGUCGUCCUGACGGUGGACGCGCACGGCGCCGAGGACCCGCAAGAAGCCUUCCUGCGCACCAUCAACACGCGCAUCGCCGGCGGCGGGAAACUGGCCGCCACGGCGCAGCCGCCCCGCGUCGUGGUCGACGUGCGUGAGUUCCGCUCCUCCCUGCCGUCCCUCCUCCACGGCCGAUCCAUGAUCAUCGUCCCCUGCAUGCUCACGGUAGGCGACUACAUCCUCAGCCCGACCAUCUGCGUCGAGCGCAAGAGCAUCAGCGACCUGAUCAGCUCCUUCAAGGACGGCCGGCUGUACAGCCAGUGCGAGACCAUGUUCCAGCACUACAAGAACCCGAUGCUGCUGAUUGAGUUCGACCAGAACAAGAGCUUCACGCUCGAGCCCUUUGCCGACCUGUCGGGCAGCCUGUCGAGCAUGAGCAGCGCCAACGCGGGUGCCAACGACCUGCAGAGCAAGAUUGUGCUGCUCACGCUGGCGUUCCCCAAGCUGCGCAUCAUCUGGUCCUCGUCGCCGUAUGAGACGGCUGAGAUCUUUGAGCGGCUCAAGGCGCAUGAGCACGAGCCCGAUCCGAUCGCGGCCGUCAGGGCCGGGUUGGAUGCGGACGCCGCUGCGGGAGAGCAGCAGCAGCAGGUGUUCAAUCCGGGCCCGCAGGAGAUGCUGGCUGCUGUGCCUGGCGUGACGCCCAAAAAUAUGAUGAACCUGGUGCUGAAGGCAGAGAAUAUUAAGGAGGUUGCGAAUAUGACAGUCGAAGAGCUCAACCCGCUGGUUGGGAGGGAGGCCGCCGAGAAGAUCUGUGAAUUCUUCGCAAAAGAUCUGUUGGAGGAUGAGUGA